CACCCACAUCGAUAGCCAAUUGCCAAAGACAUUGAGAUGAGCAUUAGAGAAGCAUCCCAUGCUGGUAGUUGGUACACAGCAGACGGCAGAGAAUUAGACCAGGAGCUCUCGGGCUGGCUGCAGAAAGUCAACCCAACCGACGAGUCUUUUCCAAUCACCAAGUCCAAGGCGGUUAUCGCACCACACGCAGGUUACUCGUACUCAGGGCCCGCCGCUGCAUGGGCGUAUAAGGCGAUUGACACCACCGGAAUCAAACGGGUUUUCAUCCUUGGUCCUUCGCAUCACUUCUAUCUCAAUGGUUGUGCAUUGUCUCCUUGCACCGAAUAUGAAACACCGAUAGGGAAUCUCCCAUUGGAUCUCGAGACCAUCCAAGAGUUGAAAGCAAGUGGUCGCUUUGCUAACAUGUCCCGCAAAGCCGAUGAAGACGAACAUAGCCUAGAGAUGCACCUGCCGUAUAUUCGCAAGAUCUUCCAAGGGAAGGACAUAAAGAUUGUACCAAUUGUUGUAGGUUCUAUCAAUCAACGCCAGGAGGCCGAAUUUGGGGCUUUGCUCGCUCCAUAUCUCGAAAGACAAGAUACGUUUACGGUGGUUUCCUCUGACUUUUGCCACUGGGGAACACGAUUCUCUUACACUUAUUAUUACCCAGAGGCGGAUACGCCGGUUGGGUCGGGAGUAUCGCUUAACCGCUCCACUGCCCCCACCUCGUCCCACCCUAUCCACAAAUCCAUCGAACGCCUCGACCAUGAAGCCAUGCAACUUCUCAGCGUCCCCCCUGGCACUGCCACGAAAGCACACGAGGCGUUCGCCAAGUAUUUGAAGCAGACAGGAAACACUAUCUGUGGCCGUCACCCCAUUGGUGUUUUGUUUGGGGCCCUGGCUGAUUUGGAGAAGACAAAGUCUUUGACUCCCAUCGUCAAGUGGGUCAGAUACGAGCAGAGUAGUCACUGUCAUACCGUUCGGGAUUCGAGUGUGAGCUAUGCGAGCGCCUACAUCAAAUUCUAGAUUGUGUACAAGGAAUGAGAUAAAGCAGAAUCGAAUGUACAGUAGCACCCC